AGGGGGCGCUGCGGAGUGCUCCGCGCCGUGAGGGCGGGGCCGGCGCGAUGCCCCGCCCCUUCGUUAGCUCAUUUUUGUGCGUCGCAGUCUCGCGGAGCCCGGCUUCCUACGUGCAUCCUGGCAGUGCGGUGGGGAACUUCCUGUGUGCCUUCUAUCCUGAUGACACCCCCUCACUGAAAUCCUGGUGUUGUUUCCACAGAGCUGUCUGGCCUUUUGUCCCUGAUCCUUGGUUAAGGAAAUGACCAACCAGUACGGUAUUCUCUUCAAACAAGAGCAAGCCCAUGAUGAUGCCAUUUGGUCAGUUGCUUGGGGGACAAACAAGAAGGAAAACUCUGAGACAGUGGUCACAGGCUCCCUAGAUGACCUGGUGAAGGUCUGGAAAUGGCGUGAUGAGAGGCUGGACCUACAGUGGAGUCUGGAGGGACAUCAGCUGGGAGUGGUGUCUGUGGACAUCAGCCACACCCUGCCCAUUGCUGCAUCCAGCUCUCUUGAUGCUCAUAUUCGUCUUUGGGACUUGGAAAAUGGCAAACAGAUAAAGUCCAUAGAUGCAGGACCUGUGGAUGCCUGGACUUUGGCCUUUUCUCCUGAUUCCCAGUAUCUGGCCACAGGAACUCAUGUCGGGAAAGUGAACAUUUUUGGUGUGGAAAGUGGGAAAAAGGAAUAUUCUUUGGACACGAGAGGAAAAUUCAUUCUUAGUAUUGCAUAUAGUCCUGAUGGGAAAUACCUAGCCAGUGGAGCCAUAGAUGGAAUCAUCAAUAUUUUUGAUAUUGCAACUGGAAAACUUCUGCAUACCCUGGAAGGCCAUGCCAUGCCCAUUCGCUCCUUGACCUUUUCCCCGGACUCCCAGCUCCUUGUCACUGCUUCAGAUGAUGGCUACAUCAAGAUCUAUGAUGUACAACAUGCCAAUUUGGCUGGCACGCUGAGCGGCCAUGCCUCCUGGGUGCUGAACGUUGCAUUCUGUCCUGAUGACACUCACUUUGUUUCCAGUUCGUCUGACAAAAGUGUAAAAGUUUGGGAUGUUGGAACGAGGACUUGUGUUCACACCUUCUUUGAUCACCAGGAUCAGGUCUGGGGAGUAAAAUACAAUGGAAAUGGUUCAAAAAUUGUGUCUGUUGGAGAUGACCAGGAAAUUCACAUCUAUGAUUGUCCAAUUUAAACAUCAAAGUCUCCAGGCUUAUGCUGCAAAGAGAAUGUAUGGAUUGAUCAUGACAUUCCUUACCUUUUUAGGCUUGUUUAAAAGAAAUAUAGCAUUUAUUGUGGCAAAGACUUAAAUUUUGUAGAUACAAUAUAAAUCUUUUCAUGUUUUAUUGGAAAUGCUGUUCAUACUUUAACAUAAAGCUUUCUUAAUGCAAA